GAAGCCGAAAUAGCCAAAGUCCACUGGCGUGGCCGAAGCAGCGAUCGCCAUCGGCGGCUUGGCUCCCAAACGCCGGCCGUCAUGGGCGCCGAGCCCAAGCCCGAGCCCGUGCCCGUUCCCGUCCGCCCCGCGGUCGUCGUCCUCGUGCCGUUCCCUGCGCAGGGCCACGUCUCCCCGAUGCUACGCCUGGCGCGCGCCCUCGCCGCGCCAGGCGUCGUCGCGGCCACCGUCGCCGUGCCCGACUUCGUCCACCGCCGCAUCGUCAGCGCCAGCCAGGCUGAGAGCGCCGCCGGCGUGGCGCUCGCGUCCAUCGCCAGCGGCAUCCCGGAUGACGGCGACGGCGAGCCCCCGGGCUUCGCCAGCAUCCUGCACGCCAUGGAGCACCACAUGCCGGCCCACCUGGAGGGCAUGCUGAAGACGAACCAAAGCUUGACGGGCCGCGGCGUGGCGUUCCUCGUCCUGGACGUCCUGGCGUCGUGGGCCGUGCCCGUGGCCAUCCGGUGCGGCGUGCCGGCCGUGGGGUUCUGGCCGGCGAUGCUGGCGACCUACCGCGUCGUGGCGGCCAUCCCAGAGCUCAUCGACAAGGGGUUGAUCUCAGAUUCCGGCAUUCCCACAGCGACAAAAAGAUUAAACAAUGAUGAGACAAAAGUAAACGGAGACCUCCACAAAUUGCCAGCAGAACUAGAGCUGAGUACGGCAGAACUGCCGUGGCUUGUGGGCGACGAAGCAUGCCAGAAAUCAAGAUUCACCUUCUGGCUCCGGACCAUGGAGCGUGCAAGGAGCCUCCGCUCCAUCCUCGUCAACACCUUCCCCGGCGAGGCCGCCAGCGACUCCGGCGAGCAUCUUCAUCCGUCACAGAUUCCGCAGGUUCUCCAAGUCGGACCACUGCCGACCGACAGCUUCGAUCGCACGAAAGGCGACUCGCACCAUUCGCCACUAAGGAUCCCGAGCAUGUGGCAGGCGGAUGACACUUGCAUGGAGUGGCUAGACCAGCAACGUCCUGGCACGGUGACAUACGUCUCGUUCGGAAGCUGGGUUGCGCCGAUCGGGCGAGACGAGAUCAAGGAGCUCGCGCUGGGUCUGGAGGCCACCGGCCUGCCGUUCCUGUGGGCGCUCAAGGACGAACCGUCGUGGCGAGGAGGCCUCCCCAGCGGCUACAAGGAGACGGUUGCCGACCGUGGCAAGAUCGUCGCCUGGGCACCGCAAGAAGACGUGCUUCAGCACGAGGCUGUCGGGUGCUACCUCACGCACUGCGGGUGGAACUCGACGCUGGAGGCCAUACAGAAUGGGGUGCGUCUGCUGUGUUGCCCGCUGUCCAGUGACCAGUUUAUCAACUGCGCGUACAUUGUUAAGAUGUGGGGAAUAGGGAUCAGGCUUGGCAGCACCAAGAGAAGUAUCGUGGAAGAUGGUAUCAAGAGGAUCAUGGAAGGCGAAGAGGGAAGGCGUUUGCAGGAGAAGGUGAACGAGUUCAGGGAGAGGGUCAUGACGGGCGAGGCGAGAUGUGCCUCAAAGAGAAACCUCGAGUCUUUUCUUGGUGGGAUUAUGAGAGACGACCUUGUACUAGGGCAGCUAAGUUUAUGAUACCUCCGAGAUCAUUAUGGAAAAUGUGUAUUUCUUACUGAUUUUGCUCUCUGUAAGUUACUUGUUUUGUUAGCUCAAAGUCAGUAUUUCAGGCAAUUGGAUAAGACUUUUGCGUGCUGUUAGAUUCAUAUUUCACCUCAGUAAAAUAAUGACCUAAGGAGUA